AUGCUGGGGGGCGACAACGUUGGCGGCAAUCCACAUCCGCAGAUGUAUGGAUCGAACCAACCGCAACACAUCGCCGAGCCGUACGUAGGCCUUACGAACGCGGGUAUCGUGGGACCCGUAGCGGCGCGAGCGCCUGUAGAUAUAGACGUGAGGGAUGUCACCUAUCGAGGCGAGUACAAGGACGGCAGACCACACGGUCGCGGCUACAAGGUGUGGGUCGAUGGCGACUGGUACGAUGGCGAGUGGCGGCAGGGGCGGCAGCACGGCCGUGGCAUUUACUGCUGCCCGUCCGGCCGGCGGUACGAGGGUGAGUGGAAGGACGGCCUGAAGCAUGGCAAGGGCGUCAAGAUAUGGGCCAACGGCGACCGCUAUGAGGGAGAGUGGAGGGAGGGAACACAGCACGGCAAGGGUAUUUACAUAUGGGCCAACGGUGAUCGUUACGAGGGUGGCUGGAAGGAUGGUAACCUGCACGGCCACGGAAGCAAGACGUGGUGGAAUGAUAAUCGGUAUGAGGGUGAGUGGAAAGACGACGUGAAGCACGGCUAUGGCGUCAAGAUCUGGGCCAACGGCGAUCGCUACGAGGGCGAGUGGCGAGAAGGCACCAAGCACGGUAAGUACUUUUCAGGCCUUGUCCAGGAGCUGCAAGUGCUGGAGCGCACGCUCGAGCGCUCACGCGCUCUCGUCUCCACGCGCAUCUCCAUCAUGAACUCCAGAGUGGCCCUCGCUGAGAAGUCCCGCUGCUUGCAUUGCUCGGAGAAGAGCAAGGAGGUUGUGUUCGUUCCUUGUGGCCACCGCGCGCUUUGUCAAGCGUGCGCGACUCCCGUGCUGCUGUGCCCCGUGUGUGACGUGCCCAUCGCCUCCAAGGUGGUCUCGUACGACACCUGA